UGAAGAGGAACCAAGUGGCUGCUGCCUGGAGCUCUGUCUCGGCCCCGUGGGCCCCACCGAGCAAGCGGCAUGCGGCACCCCUGGGCCAGCCCAGUGUCCUUCAGCCGGCUGCCCAACCCUCUCAGGAGGCCCUGACGCCCUGGGGCACUUCCACUCUGCACAGGACCACGCGGGGGUUUGCCAUGGUGACAUAAAGGGGCGCAGAGGAAGGAAGGAGCGCAACCAGCCUGUGGACUGCGCCCCUGGCUGGGAGGAAGGGCUGGGGGCCUGACCUCCACUCUCACUGCCCGCUGAGGGCCUCGCUUCCUGAGUCUCUGUAAAUUUGUUAAUUGGUAGACUCUCGUGUCUCCUGCGUGUGGCCUUGGGGUGGCCCGGGCAGGCCAGGCCUCUGGUAGCCGAGUUCGUGGGGCCAGGAUGCCCACCCUGGCACGCCUCCGGAGGCUGUGUCGGCACGUGUCCCCCCAGGCUGUGCUUUUCCUGCUGUUCGUCUUCUGCCUGUUCAGCGUUUUUGUCUCGGCUUACUACCUAUAUGGCUGGAAGCGAGGCCUGGAGCCCUCGGCAGAUGCCCCUGAGCCUGACUGUGGGGACCCACCACCAGUGGCGCCCAGCCGCCUGCUGCCACUCAAGCCUGUACAGGCAGCCACCCCUUCCCGCACAGAUCCAUUGGUGCUGGUGUUCGUGGAGAGCCUCUACUCACAGCUGGGCCAGGAGGUGGUGGCUAUCCUGGAAUCCAGCCGCUUCAAGUACCGCACAGAGAUUGCUCCAGGCAAGGGUGAUAUGCCCACGCUCACUGACAAGGGCCGUGGCCGCUUUGCCCUCAUCAUCUACGAGAACAUCCUCAAGUACGUCAACCUGGAUGCCUGGAAUCGGGAGCUGCUCGACAAGUACUGUGUGGCCUACGGCGUGGGCAUCAUCGGCUUCUUCAAGGCCAAUGAGAAUAGCCUGCUGAGUGCACAGCUCAAAGGCUUCCCACUGUUCCUGCAUUCGAACCUGGGCCUAAAAGACUGCAGCAUCAACCCCAAGUCCCCACUGCUCUACGUGACGCGGCCUAGUGAGGUGGAGAAGGGGGUGCUGCCUGGCGAGGACUGGACUGUGUUCCAGUCAAACCACUCCACAUAUGAGCCAGUGCUGCUGGCCAAGACACGUUCAUCUGAGUCCAUUCCACACCUGGGUGCGGAUGCUGGCCUACAUGCCGCACUGCACGCCACUGUGGUCCAGGACCUGGGCCUCCAUGAUGGCAUCCAGCGCGUGCUGUUCGGAAACAAUCUCAACUUCUGGCUGCACAAGCUGGUCUUCGUUGAUGCUGUGGCCUUCCUCACGGGCAAACGCCUCUCACUGCCGCUUGACCGCUACAUCUUAGUGGACAUCGAUGAUAUCUUUGUGGGCAAGGAGGGCACACGAAUGAAGGUGGAGGAUGUGAAGGCCCUAUUUGACACGCAAAAUGAACUACGCACACACAUCCCAAACUUCACCUUCAACCUGGGCUACUCAGGGAAAUUCUUCCACACCGGUACUGAUGCUGAGGACGCUGGGGACGACCUGCUACUGUCAUACGUGAAGGAGUUCUGGUGGUUUCCCCACAUGUGGAGCCACAUGCAGCCCCACCUUUUCCACAACCAGUCUGUGCUGGCUGAACAGAUGGCCCUGAACAAGAAGUUCGCUGUCGAGCACGGCAUUCCCACAGACAUGGGGUAUGCCGUGGCACCCCACCACUCGGGCGUGUACCCUGUGCACGUGCAGCUCUAUGAAGCCUGGAAGCAGGUGUGGAACAUCCGUGUGACCAGCACGGAGGAGUACCCCCACCUGAAGCCAGCCCGCUAUCGCCGAGGCUUCAUCCACAAUGGCAUCAUGGUCCUCCCACGGCAGACCUGUGGCCUCUUCACACACACUAUCUUCUACAAUGAGUACCCUGGUGGCUCCAGUGAACUGGACAAGAUCAUCAAUGGGGGCGAGCUCUUCCUCACUGUGCUCCUCAAUCCUAUCAGCAUCUUCAUGACACACCUGUCCAACUAUGGGAAUGACCGCCUGGGCCUGUACACCUUCAGGCACCUGGUGCGCUUCCUACACUCCUGGACCAACCUCCGGCUGCAGACGCUGCCUCCUGUGCAACUGGCCCAGAAGUACUUCCAGAUCUUCUCUGAGGAGAAGGACCCGCUCUGGCAGGACCCUUGUGAAGACAAGCGCCACAAAGACAUCUGGUCCAAGGAGAAGACGUGUGACCGCUUCCCCAAGCUCCUCAUCAUUGGCCCCCAGAAAACAGGCACCACAGCCCUCUACCUGUUCCUGGGCAUGCAUCCGGACCUGAGCAGCAACUAUCCCAGCUCUGAGACCUUUGAGGAGAUCCAGUUUUUUAAUGGCCAUAACUAUCACAAAGGCAUCGACUGGUACAUGGAGUUCUUCCCUAUCCCCUCCAACACCACCUCUGAUUUCUACUUUGAAAAAAGCGCCAACUACUUUGAUUCAGAAGUGGCGCCCCGUCGGGCAGCUGCCCUAUUGCCCAAGGCCAAGAUCUUGACCAUCCUCAUCAACCCAGCAGACCGGGCCUAUUCUUGGUACCAGCACCAGCGAGCCCAUGAUGACCCUGUGGCCCUGAAGUACACCUUCCAUGAGGUUAUCACGGCAGGGCCUGAUGCAUCCUCGAAGCUGCGCACCCUGCAGAACCGCUGCCUGGUCCCUGGCUGGUAUGCCACCCACAUUGAGCGUUGGCUCAGUGCCUUUCAUGCCAACCAGAUUCUGGUAUUGGAUGGCAAACUGCUGCGAACAGAACCUGCCAAAGUGAUGGAUACAGUGCAGAAAUUCCUUGGGGUGGCCAAUACCAUUGACUACCACAAAACCUUGGCGUUUGAUCCAAAGAAAGGAUUUUGGUGUCAACUGCUUGAAGGAGGAAAAACCAAGUGUCUGGGCAAAAGCAAGGGCCGGAAAUACCCAGAGAUGGACUUGGAUUCCCGAGCCUUCCUGAAGGAUUAUUACCGAGACCACAACAUUGAGCUUUCUAAGCUGCUAUACAAGAUGGGCCAGACGCUGCCCACCUGGCUGCGGGAGGACCUUCAGAACACCAGGUAGCUGUGACCACCACAGCCAGACUGAACAUUUGUGACGGCAGGGACGUCCUGCCGCACGCUGAGCCAGACUGACCUGCAAGGUGGGGAGCUGGGCCUAUGCUGGCCAAGCACUAUGAGCAAUACUCUGCCAAGGCCCAGACAGGGCCAGGAAAAGAAACUAGGCAGGUCCACAAAGGCCUCAGAGCAUCCAUUGCUGGGUCUGUGGCCUGUAGGACCUCCCUAACCAACAGAGGUCAAUUCCGUUCACAGC